AUGUUCAGAAAAGUUUUGGCCAACGCUCCCCGCGCCGCUGGAAGAGCGUUAUCGGCUUCAGCGCGAUCCGCCACCAGACCUACAACCUCUCAAAUCUCAGCAUCGAUCGCAGUAUCUGGCCGACGGUCAUAUCAUGAGAAGGUCCUUGACCACUACUCCCGGCCGCGCAAUGUUGGAAGUAUGCCGAAGGCCGACACCGAUGUUGGCACUGGUCUUGUUGGUGCGCCAGCUUGCGGCGAUGUUAUGAAGCUACAGAUCCGCGUCGACCCAAACAACAAUACGAUUUCUGAUGUCAAAUUCAAGACAUUUGGCUGCGGUUCUGCUAUUGCCUCAUCUUCAUAUUUGACGGAGCUGGUUCGAGGUAUGACUUUGGAAGAGGCCGGCCGAAUCCGCAAUACAGAGAUUGCGAAGGAAUUAUGUCUGCCUCCUGUAAAGCUGGCUAAUUAUCUCGAAGUCCAUUGCUCUAUGCUCGCCGAAGAUGCCAUCAAAUCCGCUAUAUCAAAUUACUAUACCAAGAACCCGGGUGCUCGGUCGACGGAUCUUGGAGGAACUGGCGCGAGCAUGCCAAAGAUUGACGUCGAGACUGUAAUGGAGCCGACAAGCCCCCAAACUGCGACUGCUUGA